AUGUUGAUCCUGGGAGCGAAAAGAGAAGUUGUAGCAGAUGCUGAUCUGGAAGACCCUUGUCCCGAUGGUUUACCUCCUCAAGAUACAGAUGCAGAAGUCGCCCCUGUUGAAGUCAAAUAUAUCGUGGAUGUUGUGGUAAAAGAUGCAGAUGUAAUCCCAGACACAGCAGACGCCGGGCUGGAGACCGCAGAUACAGAGACAGAGUGUAUCGGCACUGAAGAUGCCGGCGUGGAAAACGCAGUUGGAAAAUAA